CGAGCGCAGCGCCCACGGACGAACUAAACACGACUUCAGUGUCGAUCGCGCAGGCCGGCAGUGUUCAUCGCUCCGUGCCGCGUACAAAGUUCACAAAACAAAGUGUUCAGCCGAAGUUCAGUGUGACCCACUCACCUAUCUAUAACAAAGUGCCGUGCCCAUAUCGCUAAUCUGGAUAAUAUCAUUAAAAUCGAGAGUCCCAGCGCAAUGAAGCUGGAGUGGGCGGAAAGUGAAACGGACUUCGGUCUGGAAGAGGCGGCGUUCUACGACGGCCCUGCACCUUUAGCGGGUCCUAUGCGCAAGAAAGUCUCCUUCAGUCUGAGACUUGACCUGUGCGAUGAGGGUGGCGGCGCUACCGGUGGCAUCAAGAGUGAACCGCCCGAAGCUGAGGAGCCCCGAGCAAUGCAGAAGGUGCCCUCGUUGUCGGACCUCUCAGACCCUGAAGCCUCCUUGGACAUCCCAUCGCAGGUGCCGCCGCUCACGCCCGGCACCAACAAGAAGAUGGCCGAGGCGCUGAAGGCCACCUUCGCCUCCUGGGAGAAGGAGCAGCUGCGCCUCGGCGUACCCAAAGAUCCUCGUCAAUGGAGCGAGGCGGCGGUGGCGGCGUGGCUGCGCUGGGCAGCGCGCGAGUUCUCGCUAGAGGGCGUUGCGCUGCAGCAGUUCGCGCGCGCACAGGGGAAGGACAUAUGCGCCAUGGGACGGGACGAGUUCGUAGCUCGCGCACCCGCCUUCAUGGGAGAUAUACUGUGGGAACACCUCGAAAUAUUACAAAAAGAUGUGGAGAAGGAGCGUUCUCUGAUCGCGAACGUGCCGCCAAACAUGUAUGAGAGCAACGUUUGCUUGCCCGAGCUCGCCGAGUACAUCCCCCCGCCCGCGCAUCACUACAACAACAAUAAUACUGGAGGCUACACGACCGGCGGUCCGCGGGAAGCGGGCACCUACUACCCCGAAGCGAGCGGCGCGACCUCCGCGCCGGGCGCUUCGCCCCUCGAGGAGUACUACCCGCCGGAGUACCCGUCCGGAGCGCCCGCCGCACCGCCACAGCCCUACCUCGACGACUACUACCACCAUGCGCACGCGCAUGCGCAGCCCUUGCUCACGCACGAACAUAAAUAUCAACCGCACUCCUAUAACAAGCCAUACCCACGAAACAGCGGAGGACGGUACGGCGGUGGCGGUGAGGUGUACGGCGAAGGCUAUGCAGCGGAGUACGGCGGCGCGUGCGAGUGGGCCGAGUGGCCUGCUGAGCAGCACGCGCUGCUGCCGCAAGACAAGCUGCCCUACCCCGCCACUGGGCCCUGCUUCACCGGUUCAGGACCUAUACAACUGUGGCAGUUUUUGCUGGAGCUGCUAACAGACAAGAGCUGCCAGGGCUUCAUCUCUUGGACCGGCGACGGCUGGGAGUUUAAGCUCACGGACCCCGAUGAGGUGGCGAGGCGCUGGGGCAUCCGCAAGAACAAGCCCAAGAUGAACUACGAGAAGUUAUCUCGCGGCCUGCGCUACUACUACGACAAGAACAUCAUACACAAGACAGCCGGCAAGCGUUACGUCUACCGCUUCGUCUGCGAUCUACAGAGCCUGCUAGGAAUAUCUCCUGAACAAUUGCACGCGAUGUACGAACCCAAGAUGGAGAAGAAGGACGACGAUUGAAGCGACUAUCAUCAGAGUUGAAGCCAAGCGCAAGUCACAAGCAAACCCACAAAUGAGACCCCAUUUUACUUCAAACCAUCGAUUUUUAUUUCAAUCACUUAUUUAUCUUUGAAUUUUAUACUCAUAUAUUAUUAUGGCUGUAAUUAGAAAAGGCAAUGCCUUUUAAUAUUAUAAGAGAUCUAAAUGAAAAUGACACAUUUGUACAGACUUGUUUAUGUAUGCAGUCGUCUCUUUCAUUCACUUUGAAAAAACAGAGAUAACAAUAUGUAUUCCAGCUAAGAAAACCAUAAAAUUUAAAAACAAAAUAGAUUAUGUUUUAAAAGUGUCUCCUGUGAUGUUUUUUCCUAUGUUUUAGGAUAUAUCAAGUACUGGAAAUUUUUAAAUCGAUUUCAUACUAUAAAAUUAAACAAAGAUUUAUUACAUUUAUAGUUGGUGCUGUAUUUAUGACACGUAAUCACACGGUUCUACACUUUGUUUCUCAAUAUAUUGUUUAAACCUCUUUUGAUUACAUCUACGGUUUGUAUAAAUGUGUCGUAAAACAAAGAAUAAAAUUUCACGAUAGUUUGACGUCUUCUUACACGGAGACAUUUAACGAAACGAAUGUUACUAAAAUAAUUUUAUUUUCCUGCGUCUCUAAAUUUUAUAAUCAACUAAAGUAGGUGUCAUGUAAAACUUCGGAUUUGAUCUCAUUUCAUCCACCAGUGGAAUUUAUACUUAUAAAAAAAAUAACAUAUGACCGCGUUGAUGGUUCUAUUAUAAAUACAAUUAACAUAUUAAACCUUAUAUAUUAAGUAUCCAUUCACGACCAACGGUGCCUUACUAUUACACAACUUAUUGUUGUUUUUUUUUGUUUCGUAUUAUUAAAAAAAAAUAACUGUCACGAUCAGUUUCUUUAUUUAAGCCCUUUUAUGUUGGAUAUAUUUACAUUCAUAAUUAAACAUAAAAUCACGAAUACGUUCAUUAAAGUAUUAAAAAGAAAAAGAGUAUUAAUUCAUUUUUUUUUAAAUAAAGUUAUCUGUCAAUUUUUUUUUAAUUUCUGUCAAAUUAGUGCUGUUACGUUCUGACAAAGUUAAUCAAUAUGAUGUUACGGUUUCAAUUUUUAAAUCAAGAAUCUAUUCAAUUAUAAAGUACUGAAAUGAAUCAUAUAUAGAUUAAAUAGUAAAAUUCUGGUAUCGAUUUAAAAAUACUGUAAAUAUAAGUUAAUUUGUUACUUUAUAAAGAUAAUUAGGUAUUAUAUUAUAAUAGUUAUUAAGUGUUGUAUGUUUGAUUCGCAAUUGUUGCAAUAUGCGGUUAAAAUAAUACAUAGUUAGAUUGUUGGACAUUAAAAUUAUUUUCUUUUUUUCUAAACAGGAAGGUCCAAAGAUUUCGGAAAUCAAAAAUACCCACCAAACGGUGAACCUAAUGUGAAAUUACCAAAGGGACUUUCGCUGUUAGGCAAAUUGCAAAGAACGAUCUAAUCAAUUUUUACAAUAGAAUACCGAAAACUUUCGAGCGCCAAAUGUCUGAUAUAAUAUAGCAACAUGCUGCAACAUCGGGUGACAUCAACUUGUCGCUGAUCUCGUAAUAAGGGAUUGUAAUGUCUAACUAGUUAUGAAAUUAAUUAGAUGUAUUAUUUUCAAUUUUUAUAGCUCCUAGCAUACACCGAAGAUAUUUCGAUAAGUUUUAUUUGUAAAGUAUUACUCCUCCAUCAAUAUUAUACAGUAUCGCCAUCACGCCCGGUGGAUUUCGAUGCGUUGGUGCUGUUAAUUACAUAUUAUCAUAAUAAAUUCGAAUGUCUUCCCCGUUUGUUUUGAUAAAUUAAUACUUCUUUAGAUGAAUAAGUUAAAUUUCAUAUAGCAUGUGAAUUCAACACAUUAUAUUAAUCGUUAAUGAGCCAUAUUAUAAACAAGAAACGUUACGUUUUACAUCUAAUUGCAGCCAAAUUUUAAUGUAAUAAGUGUCGUUGUAUGUAUUGAUGGAAGAUAUAAAAUUAAAUAUAUAUAUUUACGAAAUCA